AGCUUCUUGGUCAUGUUCACUUCAGUUCUGUUGUGCAGAACUAGAGGAGAUGUCAGCUGGCCACUGUUUUAUUUCUUUUGGAAAAUACAGUUUGAAUGACAAAGAGGUUCCAAAACAAGGGAAGACCUGAGAGAUGUCUGGGAAUAUUACGCACGGUGCCUGCGGGAGCAUCAAUCAGAAUUUUACGCACAACUUCUUGCCGGCCGUUUUUAUCAGCGUGUUCGUCGUCGGGACGCUGUCCAACAUCUGGGGGCUGAGGAGCGUGUACAGCAGCUGGAAUAACAUCGGAAACAUUAACAUCUUCAUGCUGAAUCUGGGGGUAGCGGACCUGCUCUACCUGUCCACACUGCCGUUCCUCGUUAACUAUUACGCGCGCAACAGCGACUGGCAGUUCGGCCAGCCUUUCUGCAAGGUGACCCGCUUCUGCUUCAACCUCAAUCUUUACGGCAGCAUUGGCUUCCUCACCUGCAUCAGCAUUUACAGGUACCUGGGCAUCGUGCACCCCAUGAGAGUGAUGGGGAAAAUCAGCAGCCGUCGGUCUCUGGCCAUCUGCGCUCUGGUUUGGACUUUGGUCAUUAUUCAGAUUAUCCCCGAUAUGUUAUUUGAAAAGAAUGAUCAAAAAUUACCAAAUGCAUGUUUCGACACCACCUCUAACAACCUGACCAGAGACUACCUUCCCUACAGCAUUGGCUGGACCGUCACGGGAUUCGCUUUACCUUUGGUUAUCAUUUUGGUCUGUUAUGGACAUAUUGUUGUGGUUCUAGCCAAGAAAGCCAACGUCAACCCUCUGCUGAAGCGGCGUUGCUUGAAACUGGUUGUGUUUCUUGUGAUACUGUUCUCUGUCUGUUUUAUUCCUUACCACGUCUUUCGAAAUGUUAACCUGAAAACCAGAAUUUUGAAACAAGAGGGGAUUUGUCAUCACAGUUUUGAUGACGUCUACAUUGCGCACCAGGUUGGCAGAUGCCUGGCAUGUCUAAACAGCGCAAUAAACCCACUGAUUUAUAUCGUUGGAAAUGACGAUUUUAUCACGAAGCUGCAGCACUUCAGUCAGAGCCUCCAACUGUCGCUGCCCGACCUCACAGGAGCAGUUAUUUGCCGCAAACCGAUGGAGGCAGACGCAGAUUCGCCGGCGUCAGUUCCGAUCAGAUAAAUUACAAUCGGUUCACCGGAGGAGCGCUUCCGUGCAUUGCAGCCCCUGAACAAUCAGCCUCCACCAGAACUUCCACAUUACCGGCCACAAAGUCCAGUAAUGAGAGCUGACUGGCAUUAAUUAAUUCUGUUUGCUGCCAGUCUCUUUGCUUCAGGUCACCUAGAGAUCACAUGUUCUGCUGCAAAUUUUUAUUCAGCUUGCUCAUGGUGAUUGCAAAAAUCAGAGGUGGCUCCUGACACCUUAGUACUGUACCAUACUGCUCUUUACAUUCGUAUUUUUGUGUUGUGUGCUUCAAUGCGGGGAAUGUCCUGUGUUUAAGCACUGGGACUUUUCAUGAUUUGUGAUAUAUGGCACUGCCUUUGCACUAUUGCUGCCGAGGCCUUUGUUAUGCUCAGCAUGCUGUGUACUUGGAUGGUUUGUGUAAACUAAAUGAUGUAGAACAGAGCCACUGCUGCAGGUCCAUGGCUUUUAUUCUGACAGUUGUUGAGAAAAAACAGAGGUGUAUUUAAUGGGAGAAAUUACUGCAGCCAUGUAAAGGAGAGGGAUGAACAGUCUGAAGAAGAGCAGAAUAAACCUCCUUACAAGUACACAUACCACUCUGCAAAACUCUUCAUUACAAGUUAAAGUGUUUUAGAUGUUUACUUGAAUAAAAGCACAGAGGUAAUAUCAUCAAAUGGACUCAAGUGUCACACAUUAAAGUGCGUUUCAUUGCCUCCUGCUCAUGAUACAUCAGUAUGUAUAGCUGGUGUAAGGUAGAACCAGUGGUGCUGCAUUAAAUCCCCAUUUCUUGAAUUUUUCUAAUAUUUGUUAGUGGUGAAACUAAUUUUGAAAUGUGCACAUUCAGCUGAAGGAUCAUCUGAAGGAUGCUGUGUUGUUGAACUGCGACAUGUUAUACAGAGCAUGAUGAUUCCACUCUCUGUUUAUUAUUGAAUUACUGAGUGGCAGAGACAUACUGAACUGCAUUGUUUUGAAAAGUGUUCCUGAUAUUUUGUCCAGCUCAAAGAUUCAAUAUAAUGUAGUAAAAUCAUCACGUUUCUGACAAAGUUGACAAAAUGUUUUGUUUUUUAAUGUGGAAGCUUUUUAACUGUGAACUUAAUGGCAGAGCUGCUGGACUGACUGCAUUUGAUUACACAGUGUAAUAAAGCACUCGGUGAGUGUAUUAUUGUACAGUGCUAUGCAAAAGUUUUAGGUAUUUUAAAUGUUUCUAUUUUUAUCCAGAGUUAUAAAGAAAUCAGCCAACCAAGAGAGAGCCCUACUCUCAGCAUCGUGGAGUCAGUCUAGACUACAUGAUGAGACAGAAGAUCACUAAGACAGACUGAAUCCACAGAAGAACCAUAGCAGCUUCUCCAGGAUGCUUCGGACAACCAAUCAAGUGUAUUAAAUGCAGUGCCUUGAAAAAACGUGUGCUCAAAGGAAAUGGAAGCGAAGAUUCCAUGCACUUCGAAGUUAAUUCAUUUAUCCAAACGUUUUAUGCUUCAAGCUGCUGUAGAGUACAAACAAUAGUUUUUAUUGUCAAUUUCUUUACCGAUUUAUUUCCCAAUAAUUAUUUAAUCUGUACAACAGUUAAACAUAAUGAACAUCACAAUCUUUAUAGCUCAAGUUAAUGUCAUUAAGCUAAGAUGUAGCUUAUUAUAAAAAGCAACUAAAUGUAGGGGAGUAAAAAGCUUAACAUUUCCCUCUGAAAUGUAGAACAGUAUAAUAUAAAGUAUCAAAAUGAAAAUCAAGUAAAAAUACUUCAUAAUUGUAGCAAAGUACAGUACUGCAGUUUGUUUUGCAAAUAAACACAGAUGUUGCCAGCCAUCAGGACAUGUCAGAAGAACAGUCUGCAAACACUUAGUGAGCAUUUAAAAACUCCCAAUGUUUGUCAAAUAAUGUACAGGCUUCCCUCUGUAGUUUUAAAACAAAAUGGUGAAUUAAGACUGGCUUUUCUGAUCAUUCAUUAUAAUGGUAUCACACAUACAGGAAUGUUUAGAUGGUGCAGCACAACGAGUUGACUGAAGAGAUAUGCAAACAUCCAGAGACAAAUAUUGAAUUCUGUAGUUACUCAGCUAUGAAGGAGAUCUUCAUGUCCCACAUGCUAACUUCAUACUGCUGCAGAAAGCUGUCUGUGCCUGUCUUGAGCAACAUUUAGGCUGCUCUGUAAUGUUCUGGUUGUGAUAAGUCAAAAAAAAAAGUGUGUUCCAAAUCUUUUUUGCCCUUUUACACCUUGUUAACACAUCUCAGUGCAAUGCAAAGGGUAGUUCAUCUGCUUCUAUCAGAUACUUGUAGUUUUCUAUUUAAAUGUACUUGUGUAUUAUUUGAAGAUCUGGGUUCCUAUACAGAAUUGUGCGAGGUAACACAAGUGAAAUUUAGGUAACUGUGACAACACUAGUGAUGUUCCCAUGAAGAAAUUAUGGGAUAUAACUGUGGCCAACUUUUGUUACGCAGAGGCUUAGAUGCAGGAAAGGAGACUGCAGACAAAUUAGUGAGUUUAAGAUGCUUUUAUUUACAGAACAGGAAAAUGAACAAGGACUACAACUAAUAUCCAGAAGUCUAACACUAGACAUGGAAGUGAAGAUAAUCCACCACAGGCUGAACAGAAUCAGAUACUCUCUAGCGGGCAGGCAGAGAAAUUACAAGGAUAAGAAAAACUCUGUUUUAGCAGACCCACGUAUGGUAGCACCAAGGCAGGAAUACAAUUCAAACACAAAUCUAGGAAACAGGGAUAUACCUUAAGAGGAACUUGACUAUAAACAACCCAUGAAUGGUAGUACCAAGGCAGGAAUACUAUUCAAACAUGAAGCUAGGAAACAGGUCAGUACAAAUCGGAAUUUACUUUAGUCUACGACAAGAAAUUUCAAGAACAGGAUUAUACACUAAUGAGAAAACCAAUCGGAAAAGAACGGAACAAUUUAGACUCUAACAGGUCUAGACUAGACUAGAGUCUGGUACUAUGCAGGAUCAGACUUAACUGACGGGUCCGACAGAGGUGAGUCCAGGAAAGGAGCCAGGUUCAGACUAGCUGAGGGAGGGAUAGUUGCACCCGGGGGUGGCUGACUACCAGCAGUGGAGAGGCUGGUGAGAGGGUGGCAUGUCAGGUGUCUGUGGUGGCAUGGCUGGUGUCCAUGAUGGUGUGGCAGGAGUUCGUGGUGGCAUGGCUGGUGUCCGUGAUGGCGUGGCAGGAGUUCGUGGUGGCGUGGAUGGCAGCAGGUGUGGCGGCUUUGGGGAAACGGUGAACUGAACCAGUGAGUGAAUAAACCAAGGGGGGCCGAGGAAGUCCGGGCGGGCUAGGGUACUCAGAGGAGCAGUGACGGAUGGAGCAGGGAAUCCUAGGGGGUAGCAGGCAGGAGUCAGUUCUAGAAAAAGCAAAGAGAGGAUUACUGAAUGCACAAGACAACAGAGCUGGACAGAACAGUGGACAGCACUGACUGGAGAACGUUCAUGGUCUAGCGACGAGUGGUGUCUGGUUAUAUAGAGGAGUAGGAGCGGUUGAUUGGAUUACUCCCACCUGCCCCUGCCCUGCUUCCAUUGAUGCUGAUUGCCUACACCUGCUGCCAGGCCUCUGUGCACAUGCACACCUAAGAGAGAGGGAAAAACAGGACCGGAGGAGGGAAGAGCACUGACACUAACUAGAGCCUCCGGCUGCGACAGUGUCACUUUUCCAUGUGAUUUACCACCACAACCUGCUUUGUGCUAAUUUAGAUAGAUUUUUACUGGAUGUUAUUCAACACUACUGAUUAUAUUAAAAUGUUUUUUAAAUUAUUAUUCAAUUGAUCUGCUUUGUUCAUUUAUUCAUGUCUGUGAUUUAUGUUCAUAUAUUUUUAGCUGCAAGGUAGCUUUACUUUUGCAUAAUUAAUUCAACUGUUUCAUCUUUUUAAAAAAAAUAUUUUAAAGAUUUAUGUACAUAAUUAUCAUUGACUUUGGGGUAGAAGUAGCCCUGGUUCAAAAUGAUUGAUAUAAUUCACAGUUAUGACAUGUUACCAAAAAUGUAAAUGUACAGUAAACCAACAAAAAUGGAAUAUAUAGUGGGGUCCAAAGGUCUGAGAAUGCAUGAAAAAUCUGACAAAUUUCAUGUACACCUUGAAAUAAUAAGAAGGUUUGAGGGUUUAGAAUCAUUUCCAAAAUUACACUCAAAGUUCCAAGAUGUAACACA